AUGGAACAAAUAUUGGAUUUUAGCACACCUUUAAAUUUACAGACACUGGACCAAAUUUUAGAACAACAACAAGCAACUUGGACAAAGGUUAACGAACUUUUAAAAUCAAGUAGCAAUAGAAUCAAAUUUUUUGGUUUAACAAUUUUAGAAAAUAGUGUAAUUAAAAAGAAAUUAUUAAAUCAAUUAAAUCAAGAACAAAAAUCAUCAAUUGUAACUGAACUUUUACAAAUUACUCUUAGUUUUUCCUCUAGUGAUAGCAAUGCAUCCAUUGUCAAAAAGAAAGCUGCUUCAUUAAUUUCACAAAUCAUUGUUAAAGAAUGGUUAAAUUCAAACAACUCUAAUGAAUCUUUUCAAUUUAUCCAAAACUACAUUUCACAACUCAUAAAAUGUGUCUCGGAACCUGCCUCUUAUCAGCUAGAUCAAUUGUAUGGCGUAAUGAUGGUUUUUAGCAACUUGGGUGUUUACGUUAAACAAGAAGACGACUAUAAAUCAACUUUGAAAAAUAUUCAAGAUGUAUUCGAUAUGAUUUUUAUCAAAGCAUUUGAACUAUUUGACUUUUUAGAAAAGAGCAAAUCAAAUAUAACCUCUCAACAAAAGCCAAUAUAUGAUGAACUGGUUAAAGAAAUUCUCAAGACCGUAUCAUCACUAUUCGAUUUGGUUACCAUUGACCAUUGCCUCAGAUUAGAUUUAAUUUUAUUUUUAAUAAAUAAAAUGAAUGAUCAACAAAACCAAACCAAUUCCUAUGUAUUAACUUUAAGUGAACAUAUUAACGUGUUAGUUUCAAAAGUUAUGGCUGAAGCAGCUCAAAGCGGUCAAACUAGUCCAAAACUUAAUCAAGUAGUCUCCAGUAUUUUCAAAACAAUGGUUGUUGCCUGUUCGAAAUCCAUUCCAGAAAAGAUUAAAUCAUCAACUAUGCUUCUCGAGAAUAUUGCCACUCUCUUUACCACAUAUCUUAAAAACUUUUUAUUGGUCCUCGAAACGCUCGAUACCGAAACUACCCUGUAUUGUGAAAAGUAUUUAAUUAAUAUUAUGCCACUAUUGCCAAUAGAUCGUUUAACUUUGGUAUUAGAAUACUUUAACCAACUCUACAAAGGAUUUUUAACAACUGGUGACAAUCAAAAGGUUAGACUUCAACUACAUGCUUCAUCUAUACCCUUAUUCUUUACUAGUAUUUUAGCAAUCUUGGAAAAUCACGAUGAAGAGGAAGAUAAUGAAAUAAAAGGUAUUUUAUUUACAAAAAUUCAAGAUUGUACCGAAACAACAACAACAACAGCAAUCGUAGAUAAAAAUGACGAAGAAGAAGAAUGGAAAAAAGUUGAAACUUUACUCUCAGAAACUUUAGAAUCCAUCGGCUUAAUUUGCUUUAAUGAUGCCUUUGACUUUUUUACUAAAAAACUAUUUGAUUUAUUAUCAAGUAGUGGUGAUGAAAAGCAUAAAAUGAACUCAACAUUUUGGUGUUUAGGCUAUCUUUGUAAAUUUAGUACCCAAUUCGAUGUUAUCAAUACCUUUAUUGGCAAAAUUAUUGACGAUAAAACUCUCUCAUCGCUUGCACAAAACAAACGUUUCACUAUGAUAAGCGGCCUCCUAUUCUUUAUUAGUCGUUCAACCAAGUACUUGGAAUUUCAACAAAACUCUCAAUAUAUUAAAUCUAUACUUCAAAUUAUUAUCACCCAAUUACUACCAUCAAAAUCACAAUCACUUGUCCAAAUUUCAAUUAUUACUUUAGAUAUAAUAAUUAGUACUAGAAAGCAAUACAUUUCAUUAGAUUCCCCAGAGCUUCAUAUAUUUUUAAACCAAUUUAUACAACAACAAGGUGCAACUAGUAUCAAUACAUCACAAAUUGAAAUGAUUUAUAAAUGUAUUGGUUCAUUUAUUUUUAAUUUCUACACAUUUAAUCAAAGCCAAUUCAAUAAUAACUCUUUAACACAAAUUCUUAAUCCAUUAAUCGAGCAAUUAAAAUCAAACAACAACUAUCAAGACAACUUUAAACUAUGGAGCAAUACAAUUAAUAAUAAUUUGAACUUUAAUAUCUCCUUAGCAAAAUCUAUGAAGAAUCUCUUUAAUGUUCAAAUGUCACAACUCUAUCCAAUUUUAAUUGAUCUCUUUAAGUGGUCAAAUCAAGAGCACCAACCAAUCGAAAAAUUCUCUGGCUCACAAAUUUCAUUUAAAAAAAAUAUUAUUGAACUAUUAACAGCCUACAUUGAUAACCAAUCCACCAGUAGCAAUACACCAAUUGAUCCAUCGCUCCAAAAUACCUUGCUUUUAUUCUUGGAAGCACUUUGUCAAGACCCAACUCGUACAUCCCAAAUAUACGUCACCGAGGUAUUACCAAAGACCAUUUCAUUUAUCUCUUCUGUAAUCUCAACAUUCAAAUCAAAUCUAUCAACACAAAUUUCGAAAGGUCUCUUUGAUACCUUUUAUAAAUUCUCUUUAGAGCAAGCUUUUAAUCAAUCAAAUCAAAGCAGAGGUUUACUUUUAUUAUCAAAAAUUUGGAAUUUAGUUAAUUCAAUACAAAUUAAUAACCCAUCAUUAUUAACAUCGGAUAUAAACUCUGGCUACUUUGAACUAAUCAACAAAUGCUUAGAUAAUAUCAGCCCAUCAAUCAAUGGCAGUGCACUAGACUCACUUGUUAAUUACUUUACAAAUAUUAGAUCAACACCACAACUUUUCGAUUUUAAUAUUUUAUUACAUGAAUAUAUCAAAAUUUUAAAUUUAUUUUAUAACUCUGAAUAUCAAACCUCAUUAGAUAAAAUUACAAAACUACUCUUUAUAAUGAUACAAUUAACCGUCAAUAAUAACAAUUCAAAACUUCAACUAAUGACACUAUUAGAACAAAAAUAUAAAUCUAUAAGUAAUAAUAAUAACAUUGCCCCAAAGAUUCAACAACUAUUUAAUAUUAAUAAUUUAGAGUUAUUCGAAAAUAAUAUUAAACUAAUUUAUAAAUAAAAUAAAAGAUAAAAUAAUUUUU